GGUACAGUGACUUCACUGCACAGAGUAUACUACUGAUAUAAAAAAAUAAACAUGCAAGAGCAUUGAUUAAAUUCUUCUAUAAUUGCAUAGUGGCUGGAAAAUUUCAUUGAUAUAUUAUAGAUMUCAAUUUAUGCAAAUCAAUUCGAACGACCAAAUCCAUUAACGAAACCAAUUUCGUGGAAGCAGCUAGAUAAUUUGAAUAAUUUAAAUGCGUUUUACUUCCGCAUUGUUGCAUCUGUGAUUAAUAAUCAAUACAAGACUUCACCAUGUAUGGUGUACGAGAGCAAAAAGUAUUUUCCGAUGGUUUAGAAUAUACUAAACGAACUGAAGUAAUCGCAACAGAUGGAGGAUUCGUUGCGCUCGAAGCAACAACUUUAGCAGCACAGCAGCAGCCAAGACCUAUAGUGGCUCCCCCAAGUCCACCAGCAAUAACAGCUGGUCCUCCUCCGGUGUUAAUUAAGACUGCCCCAGAGCCUGAACCCUGCUGUGACUAUGGCUGUUGUGAGUGUGAUGAUCACUUUAAAUGGUACAGUUUCGCUGGCAAAGGGGCUGGUGUUAUCCUUUUACUAAUCCUAUUGUACCUCAUUGGUAUCGUGGCCUUCGUUGCUUACAUUGCUGCGAUUGCUGCUAUGUAUAUUGUUAUGUGUGUAAUGGCUCUUCUUUGCAGCGGUGAUGAUGACUGAUCCAGGAUCGAGUGUAGUACAGAUAAAUGAUUGCCAUUCGACAUGAUAAAUCAAGUAUU